CACUAACGCCCCCUACCGCCCCCCAGCGAUGGACUGCAUCCCCCGCAUCUCGCGGGCGCAAGUGUUCGACGCGCUGAGCUCCAUGGCCAACAUCGCGGGCUACAGGGCCGUCGUGGAGGCCAGCAACCACUUCAGCAGGUUCUUUACAGGGCAGAUCACGGCGGCGGGCAAGGUGCCCCCCGCCAAGGUGCUGGUCAUAGGCGGCGGGGUGGCGGGGCUGGCGGCGGUGGGGCAGGCCAAGAACAUGGGCGCCAUCGUCCGGGCCUUCGACACCCGCGCCGCCGUCAAGGAGCAGGUCGAGAGCUUCGGGGCAGAGUUCCUCGAGGUCAACGUCAAGGAGCAGGUCGAGAGCUUCGGCGCCGAGUUCCUGGAGGUCAACGGCAAGGCCAUCAUCGUCCGCAGGUACGGCAACAACAUCAGCAAGUUCCUGCUGUCCAUCGGCGACAAGGACCAUCUGCACGUCAACCUGGAGGACGAGGUCGUCCGCGGCAGCAUCGUCACCCAGAACGGCACGCUGCUGUACCCGCCACCGCCGCCCCCGACACCCGCCCCCGGGGCGGUGGCCGCCGCCGCCGCCCCCCAGAAGGUGGCGCCGCCCCCGCCAGACUACUUCGCCCUCACACUCAAGGACUCCCUCCUCUACACCUCAGGGCUGGGGACGCUGGUGGGGCUGGGGGUGGGGUCCCCUAACCCCGCCAUGACCCAGAUGAUGACCACUCUCUCCCUCGCCACUCUUGUGGGCUACCACACCGUCUGGAGCGUCACGCCCGCCCUCCACUCGCCACUCAUGAGCGUCACCAACGCCAUCUCUGGCAUCACGGCGGUGGGGGGGCUGCUGCUGAUGGGGGGCGGCUACUACCCCACCAACAUCAUCGAGGGGCUCGCCGCGUCCGCCGCCUUCGUCUCCUUCAUCAACAUCUUCGGGGGCUUCAUCGUCACCCAGCGCAUGUUGGACAUGUUCAGGAGACCAUCGGACCCUCCCGAGCACAACUACCUGUACGGCAUCCCGGCGCUGGCGCUGCUGGGGGGCUACGGGGCCACCGCCGCUGCCGGCUACCCUGAGAGCCAUCAGAUGGCCUACCUGGCGGCCUCCCUCUGCUGCGUCGGGGCCUUGGCGGGCCUCAGCAACCAGAGGACCUGCAGGCUGGGCAACACGCUGGGCAUGGUGGGUGGUGGGGCAACCAGAGGACCUGCUGGCUGGGCAUGGUGGGUGGUGGGGCGACCAGACGACCUGCAGGCUGGGCAUGGUGGGUGGUGGGGCGACCAGAGGACCUGCAGGCUGGGCAUGGUGGGUGGUGGGGCAACCAGAGGACCUGCAGGCUGGGCAUGGUGGGUGGUGGGGCAACCAGAGGACCUGCAGCCUGGGCAUGGCAUCCUUCCUGCGAUAGGCUCUUUGGACAGGACGUUUUUGUUGGUGCCUCGCUGCCUCCAGAACACAAACUAUAGAACAUGA